GGUGAGGUUGGUUUGACUUUGACCCAUCGGACACGUUUGGCAUCUUCCCUGUCAUCUCGGCGAAUUCCUAGUUAAUUUCAGCCAAAAUCAAAAUCCCAACUCCAAAAUCUUUUUAUUACAGCUUCGAAUUUUUGUUUUCGUUUUCCGGAACCAUGAUUUCCCCCUUCCUUAAUUAAUUUCAGAUUCUCGAAUGUUUCUUUUGUGUUGUUCAAUUCGGGUGUUUGCUGUAAGAAAUUUCCUUCAAAUUGCUUGAAGCGGAGGGAAAGAGUGCUUUAAUUAAGUGUUAAAUCGAAGGUUUCACAAACGAAUUUUAAGAUAAACUUUCAAGAGAGGAAAAAACUAUAAGGUUUGUUUAUUUGUUUUGUCUGUUUGUUCUUAUAUUAUUCCGGCAGAGGGAUGCAGAAGAGAAGAAGGCCCUUUCAGAGCAGAAAAAACAGUCGCCAUUGGCGGAAAGUUACCGAAUUCGAAAGCACCAUGCCAAGAGAGAAGAAAAAUUGGUCGUUGAGAUAAUUAAAGCCCAGAUUCUUGAAAAGGGAAGCAAAAAAAAUGCGAGAGAUCGGGUCCAAGUAUCCGUAUAAAACUUCAAGGUCCCGAGGAAGAGUUAAAUACAUGGGAAUUUUCACGCAUAUCUCUCUGCUGUGCUUCUCCAGCUAUUUGAUGGCUUUGCAGGGAAGAGCUUUGGCGGUAUCUGGCAUUUCAUGACAAAGUUGAAGAUUUCUCUUCCUGGGUUUUUUCGACGAGGACGGAGAUUACAACACCGACCCAGCUUUGUUAUGUUUUUCCAUUCUAUCCUCUGAUCCUUUCUUCUAAUGUUGUUCUCUCACUGGGUUUAGGUUCUACCUUACACAACAACUUCCAAAGAUUCAUAUAAUUUCCUUUUUCUUUUUUUGGUUGGGGAUUCGAUUUGGGCAAUGAACUUUUGAGCUUUCGGAUUGGUAAUGUUCUCAGAGUUGCUGUUAACAUGGGCCUGUCUUGACCUUGGUAUUGGGUUGGAUUGGGGCAGCUGAUAAAAUCCCAAGGUUUCAUUCGCAGGUUGUACUAAGUUUCUUUUCAUUGUAGUGUCUGAGAUUGGUGUCUGUUGUGAGAGAGGGAAAAAGAAAAUGAGCGGCGGCAGAAGGAGAAAGCUGCAUUUUAGCAAGAUCUACUCGUUUGCAUGUGGGAAAGCUUCUUUAAAGGAUGACCAUUCACAACUUGGGGGUCCGGGGUUUUCCCGGGUGGUCUUCUGCAAUGAACCAGAUUGUUUCGAGGCAGAAAUUCGUAACUACAUGGACAAUUAUGUGAGUACCACCAAGUAUACUCUAGCUACUUUCCUGCCCAAGUCCUUGUUUGAGCAAUUCAGGAGGGUAGCCAAUUUCUACUUUCUGGUCAGUGGGAUCCUUGCCUUUACUCCCCUUGCUCCUUAUACGGCUGUCAGCGCGAUUAUCCCUCUUAUUCUUGUCAUUUCGGCUACAAUGAUCAAAGAAGGGAUCGAAGAUUUGAGGCGAAAAAAGCAGGAUAUUGAGGUUAACAAUAGGAAGGUUAAAGUGCAUCAAGGUGAUGGAAUUUUUGCUUAUACAGAGUGGAAAAAUCUGAGGGUGGGCAAUAUUGUGAAAGUGGAGAAGGAUGAAUUCUUUCCAGCGGAUAUCGUCCUUCUUUCGUCCAGUUAUGAGGAUGCAAUCUGCUAUGUUGAGACAAUGAACCUAGAUGGUGAGACGAAUUUGAAACUAAAACAAGCAUUGGAGGUAACUUUGGAUAUGCACGAGGAUUCUAUCUUCAGAAGCUUUAAGGCUAUCAUAAAAUGUGAGGAUCCAAAUGCAAAUUUAUACUCUUUUGUUGGUAGUAUGGAGUUGGAAGAGCAACAAUAUCCUUUAUCUCCCCAACAACUACUUCUUCGAGACUCUAAACUCCGGAAUACAGAUUACAUAUAUGGGGUUGUUGUCUUUACUGGUCGUGACACGAAGGUUAUUCAAAAUUCUACCGAUCCCCCUUCAAAGAGAAGCAAAGUUGAGAGAAGAAUGGAUAAAAUUAUAUAUUGUCUAUUCUGUCUUCUAUUUUUGCUUGCUCUUGUAGGAUCUAUAUUUUUUGGCCUUGAGACUGAUGAUGAUUUGGAAAAUGGGAGAAUGAAGAGAUGGUAUCUCAGGCCUGAUGAUGCUAAAGUUUUCUUUGAUCCAGAAAGGUUUCGACUAGCUGCAAUUUUCCAUUUUCUUACCGCACUGAUGUUAUAUAACUACUUCAUUCCAAUCUCACUGUAUGUAUCUAUAGAAAUUGUCAAAGUUCUUCAGAGCAUAUUUAUCAAUCAAGAUAUUAAUAUGUAUUAUGAAGAAGCCAAUAAACCUGCACGUGCUCGCACCUCAAAUUUGAAUGAAGAACUUGGUCAAGUCGAUACAAUACUUUCUGACAAGACUGGAACUCUGACCUGUAAUUCAAUGGAGUUCAUUAAAUGUUCUGUGGCAGGGAGGGCUUAUGGCCGUGGUUUCACAGAGGUAGAAAGGGCUAUAGGUAGACGAGAAGAUUCACUAGAAGCCGUAAAUGGGGGGAAUCACCAUGAGAAUGUCAACAACAAAACUUCACAUAUCAAGGGCUUUAAUUUUAAGGAUGAUAGGAUUAUGAAUGGAAACUGGGUUAAUGAGCCUCAUGCAAAUGUCAUCCAAAUGUUUUUCCGUCUUCUUGCGACUUGUCAUACAGCAAUACCUGAAAUCAACGAGGACAACGGAGAGGUUACUUACGAGGCUGAAUCACCGGAUGAAGCAGCAUUUGUGAUUGCAGCUAGAGAACUCGGCUUUGGGUUCUACAAAAGAACACAGACAACCAUAUCACUGCAUGAGUUUGAUCCUUCGUUAGGCAAGAAAGUUGAUAGGACAUAUAAACUUCUGCAUGUUUUGGAGUUUAAUAGCUCAAGAAAACGGAUGUCUGUGAUAGUAAGAAACGAGGAGGAGAAAAUAUUAUUAUUGUGUAAAGGUGCAGACAGUAUCAUGUUUGAAAGGCUUGGAAAGAAUGGAAGGGAGUUUGAAGAGGAGACCAAGAAACAUGUCAGUGAGUAUGCCGAUGCAGGGUUGAGGACUUUGAUACUUGCCUAUCGCGAGCUUGAAGAGGAAGAACUCAGGGAAUUUGAUGACAUGUUCACCAAGGCCAAAAGUUCUGUUAGUGCAGACCGGGAAUCAUUGAUCGAUAAAGUAACCGACAAAAUUGAGAGAAAUUUGAUUCUUCUUGGAGCCACUGCAGUUGAGGACAAGCUCCAACAUGGGGUUCCCGAGUGCAUUGACAAGCUUGCUCAGGCAGGAAUUAAGAUUUGGGUAUUGACUGGGGACAAAAUGGAGACUGCCAUAAAUAUUGGUUUUGCCUGUAGCUUACUAAGACAAGAUAUGAAGCAGAUUGUUGUUACUCUGGAGACAUUGGAAAUUCAGACAAUGGAAAAGACGGGAGAUAAAGCUUCCAUCAUCAAGGCGUCGAGGCAAUGCGUCCUCGAUCAGAUUAAUCGAGGGAGAGCUCAGAUCACUUCGUUAAAUGGGAGAUCCGAGGCAUUUGCAUUAAUUAUUGAUGGAAAAUCACUUUCUUAUGCUUUGGAGGAUAAUAUGAAGACGGUUUUUCUCGAGCUAGCAAUUUGUUGUGAUUCUGUUAUUUGCUGCCGUUCAUCUCCAAAACAGAAGGCGCUGGUAACAAGGUUGGUUAAAUCUGGGACACGGAGAACAACUUUAGCUAUUGGCGAUGGUGCCAAUGAUGUAGGAAUGCUUCAAGAAGCGGAUAUUGGAGUCGGAAUCAGUGGUGCAGAAGGAAUGCAGGCCGUUAUGUCGAGUGAUGUUGCAAUUGCACAGUUUAGAUAUUUGGAGCGCCUGCUACUUGUGCAUGGACAUUGGUGCUACAGAAGAAUAUCAUCAAUGAUUUGCUACUUUUUCUAUAAGAAUAUUACUUUUGGUUUUACCAUAUUCUUAUAUGAAGCAUUCACAUCAUUCUCUGGGCAACCUGCAUAUAAUGAUUGGUUUUUAUCACUUUACAAUGUUUUCUUCUCGUCACUUCCGGUGGUAGCUUUGGGAGUUUUUGAUCAGGACGUGUCUGCAAGACACUGCCUCCAGUUUCCUCUCUUAUACCAACAAGGGGUGCAGAAUGUUCUUUUCAGCUGGCUCCGAAUACUCAGUUGGAUGUUUAAUGGAUUGGGCAGUGCCGUGAUCAUCUUCUUCCUCUGCACUGAAGCGCUCAAGGAUCAGGCAUUCAACUCCGAAGGAAAAACUGCAGGGCGGGAUAUUCUAGGUGCAACGAUGUACUCUUGUGUCGUUUGGGUUGUGAACUUACAAAUGGCGCUCGCCGUUAGUUACUUCACCUUGAUACAACAUCUUUUCAUCUGGGGUUCGAUUUCGAUCUGGUACAUUUUUCUCCUGAUUUACGGGUCCAUGACCCCCACCUUCUCAACCAAUGCUUACAAGAUCUUCACCGAAGUCCUUGCACCUGGCCCUUCCUACUGGCUUGUGCUUCUCUUUGUGGUGAUCACAACACUCAUUCCUUACUUCUCCUACUCAGCCAUACAGAUGAGGUUCUUUCCCAUGUAUCAUCAAAUGAUUUUAUGGAUAAGGAGUGAAGGACAACUCGACAACCAAGAGUACUGCGAUAUGUUGCGGAGGGGCACAUUCCGAUCAACGAGCGUGGGCUGCACAGCACGUUUAGCAGCCCAAAUGAGCCGCUCAGAAGAGAGAAACCAGAGUGCUACUUGACAAGCACAUCAGUAUCUGUCUUCUCUGUUCGUUGUCAAAAAACGAUGUAGAUUUCUUCUACAUGCCUAACAGACGAAACCCGCAAUACAUAUUGGCUAUGGUGCUGUUUUUCUUGCACAUAAUUGGACAAAUCUGACUUGUUGAAGAACAGAUGAAGCAUAACCUGUGGCAAGAAGACACAGACGAAGCAUCAGCCAAAAGGAGAGGUGCUGGUAGACAUGUAUUAUAUACUAUUCAACUUUUAUGUACAUUACACAAGUGAGGAAAUUCAUUGUAGGAUUAGAUAAUACUAGUUUUGUUAACAAACAAAAAGAGAGAAAACAUGAUAGUAGAGCCUCCCUUGUCGAUCCGCUCCCUUUCUCUUUCAUUUGUAAAAUACGACCCGACGUUUUUACGAUAAUCGGUUUUAACUUUCUUGUGCUUCU